UCAGCCACAGGCAGAGGCUGGCAGCUGCCUGCCCACCUGCUUCCUUCCCCAGCCAGAGGGGCUUUUGCAGAGCCAGGCAGCCGGGCCAUGAAGGAGGAACCGGCUCCAGAGUUGGGUUGUUGCCGCAAGACCAAGCCCGCAGGGAGCACAGGAGGCUCCCUGUCCCCCGAUGUGGACUUCCUGCUCUGCCAAGGUGACCAGGUCUUCCCAGGCUACAGACCACUUCCAGACACAGCGGAUGCCCACGGCCUGUCCUGUGCCAGCUGGCUAUGUCCCUUGCCUCUGGCACCGGCUGGGUCUGCCCUGCUGGCCUGUCCCCAGGGCCUGGACCUGUACCUGUGUGCCCUGCAGUCGGCACCCUCGGGCACAGCCCUGAGGGGUCUCAGAGAGGAUGCCUUGAGCACAAGGCACCAGCCACUAAGGCCACCUGCCAGCUCCUCCAAUGAUGAGAAACUCCGAGCCAAGGACCUUCUGAAUAAGGACAAGAUGGGAAACCAGUUGGAAAAAGCUGGCGAGGGGACCCCCUGCCCAUCCUUCUCUCCUCACAACAGUUCUUCCCUAAACCCCUGGCAGAAUAAAAAGAACCCCAGCCCUCUGGCUUUCUGCUCCUGCCCACCACCCACUCCCAUCUCCAAAGAGCUCCCAUCCCACCUCUGCCCAUUCUACCCUGCCUACCCGAUUCUCCUGCCCCCACCUUACCUGGUCACUUGUGGGGGACUACCUUCUGUGCAGUGUCCCCCUCUCUUCAUGCUGCCCCAAGACACCACCUAUGCCACCAUGGCUGUGCCCAACUUGCUGAUGAAUGUCAAUGAGCCCAGGCAGCUCAGCACCCAGGGGGAGACCCUGCCCCCCUACACAGGGACCUCUCAAGCCUCUGGCCAAACCCAACCCUCCCCAUCCCGGAAUCUAGGCCCUGCAGCCUCCAGGACCUACUCCACAGGGCUGGAGCGUGCUAGCAGGGCGGUUCCAGCAAAGCGGGCCCCGCCAGGCUCCCAGGCCAGCUCUGCCGCACUGCCUUACCCACUGAAGAAAGAGAACGGCAAGAUCCUGUAUGAGUGUAACGUGUGCAGCAAGAGCUUCGGGCAGCUCUCCAACCUCAAGGUCCAUCUGCGUGUGCACAGCGGGGAGCGCCCGUUCCAGUGUGCCCUGUGCCAGAAGAGCUUCACCCAGUUCGCCCACCUGCAGAAGCACCACCUGGUGCAUACGGGGGAGCGGCCUCACGAGUGUCGGAUGUGCCAUAAGCGCUUCAGCAGCUCCAGCAACCUCAAGACCCACUUGCGCCUGCACUCCGGGGCCCGGCCCUUCCAGUGCAAUGUCUGCCCAAGUCGCUUCACGCAGCACAUUCACCUGAAGCUGCACCAUCGGCUGCACGCCCCACAACCCUGCGGCCUCUCUCACACCAACCUGCCCCUGGCAUCUCUCGCCUGCCUUGCCCGAUGGCACCAUGGGGCACUAGAUCUUGCGGCAGCACCAUCAGAGAGGCAGAUGGGCUGGGACGUGAACAAGGACAAGGUGUCCUUGGCAUCGGGGAAAGCAAGGGCAGCCAGCCUGAGCAGUGGUGCCAGGACUGCCCUGGGGAGGGGGCAGGGGCUGAGCAAUUAAAGGAUAUUCUCUCUGA